GUACUGCGGCUCGGAGGAGGAUCCGGCCGGCCCACCAUUGGCACCUGCAUGCGCCGUGGAAACGAAUUCUAUGUGACUUUCCUGGCUGCAAGCUACUGCCAGUUCCCGAUCGCUGCAAUGAGCACCGAUCAUCCUGACCAGGCGUCGCAGGCGAGCCGCAACCAGCAGAUUUUAAGCGAGCUCCGUCCCGCAAUCCUCGUCUGCGACGCGACGGUCAGACAAGAGGUUGCCGCGGUGCCUCACAUCAACUUCCAGGAGCUCCUGGCCCAAGGAAGGAGUCGACAAAGCGUGUUCUACCCAGCUCCAGCCGAUGAGACUGCAGUCCUCUGCUACCAGUACACGGGAGGCACCACAGGACAAUCGCGUUGCUGUGCCGCGACGCAUGCAAUGGCUCUGUGGGAAAUCAGCAAGUAUCCAGAGGUCGUCCGGUUGGAGAAGGGUCGAGUGUUGCAACAACACUCAGUGUACUGGAUGGCCAGCAUGGCUGGAGAAAUUGACAUCGCCCUCAGCUUUGGAUCUGCCCUGGUCUUCUGUGAGGCACGAUCGUCCGAGGACGUGGCGAAGAUCAUCAAGGAACAAGAGAUCUCCUGCGCCGGGCUGGUGCCCAGCAUCCUUGCCGAGCUGGAUCCGAGGAGCGUCCCGUCGCUCAAAGUCGUGUUCACCUGGGGAGAGGCCCUGCAGACAAGAACGGCGGUGCAGUGGGCGAAAGAGGUCCACCUCAUCGACCUCUUGAUCGCCUCGGAGUACUGGCUGACCCUCUUCGCUGAUUGGACCGAAUGGUCGCAGUCUGCAAGCAGGGUGGGCUCGCGCCCCGCCUUUCGCGCCGUCUCUGGGGCGGCCGUGCGCCUCCGACCCGAGGCAGGCUCUGAUCCGGGACAGGGGGAGUUGCUCGUGUCCGGUCGACAAGUCACGCCUGGAUACUUCAACGACCGAGAACGGCAACAACAGUGCUUCCUCGAGGGGUGGUACCGCACCAGCGACUGCCUGGAGCAGGUGUCCGGUGGCUACAAGUUCGCCGGGCGGGCGGAUGACAUGGCCAAGGUGGGUGGCGUUUGGGUGGACACGAGGCAGCUCUGCGACUCUCUGCGCGAGGUCGAAGGAGUCAGCGAGGCCUGCAUGUACAGCAAGGCGGCCUUCGUGUCUCUCACCCGCGUGGGUGCCGCGACGCUGAAGAUGUUGCGGAGGAAGCUGCCAGCUGACCACGCUCUGUUCGUGGUACCCCGGAUGCCCAGGAACGAUGUCACAGGAAAGGUCGAUCGGCGGAAGCUGGACGCCAUGACGGGCAGAGGCCUCCAGGCAGGUUUAGGCUCGAAUCCGGAGACUCUGCAUGCCGAUGCUACCAACACGCAUGAGAGGCAGGACCAGCUGACCAAAGUGUAUGAGUUCAGCAGGUGGUACUGGCUGUUGCUGCUUCUAUUGACACGUCCUGCGUUCGACCUCGUCGCCAGCACGUGGGAAGAGGACUUCUUCUUCGCUUUUCUCCAAGAUACCCUCUUGGUCCUCCUCCGCCUCUGGCUCAUGACAUACCUGUUCCUUAGCUACAUGUACCACCAGUCAGCGCUGCGUGACUACUGUCAAUACUGUCCCUUUCACUUUGUCGGCCUCUUCACCGCUGCGGCAGGAGUCCUGCCACUCCUGGUGCUGGCGAUCCUCUCCGCGGAGGGGAUGUGGUGGGCACAACAGGACUCCGAGUGGUGGGUGGCCGAAAGCACGAAGUGGAGGGACAUCCCGGUGCCGUUUCGGUUCAUUCUUCUGAUCUUCAGUGCCCCUGUCCUCUUCUUCUCUUCGGGGCGUGCCGUGGGCGGUGUUCAGCUUCCUGUACCCGAUUCUGCUCCUGGUGCGGGGCGUGAUUCUCCGGGAGGGCAUUGCUGGUCCAAGUGUUCAUCGUUUACCUGUUCUCAGUGUUGUCCCUCGGCACGAUUCACCGGGGUGUCUUCGCUUCAGUUCUGGGCGAUCAUGGCGGAAAUUGUCGGCUCUCCAACUGAAAUUGGGGAGGACGAAGACCUCGACCUCGAGGAAGUGAAGUCCGAGAAUGGGUCGAUGAAGGUAGAUGUGGACAAGGAAGCUAAUCCGUCUCGCCGAGGUGCCUCGUCAAAACGGGGGCGCAACGAUAGUGGUCAACUUGGUGGUGAAAGCCCUGGGAAGAAGAGAGAUGCAGAUAGCGAUGACUCUCCUAUCACUGCCCGGGAACUUCGUCGAAUGCUUGCUGGGCACCUGGAAUCGAUCAAAACGGGGUGGAAGGAGAUGGACGGCAAAGUCAAAGGCCUGGCCCGGGAAGUCGAGAACAACCGCGACAAGACGAAGGAGGUCGUGGGGCGGGUUCAGGCUGUUGAAGUUCGCGAAGCUACCACUUCGUCCAGGAUAUCAGCUCUGGAAAAGGGGUUGGAUGACGUCAAGAAGAACCUCGUGAGUGCCCCACCUGCCGGGGCGAAUGGACGCAACCAGGGCCAACUACCUGCUGGACCUGACCCAUGGGCGCAAUUUCUCAAAGAAAGGGGGAGACCGCCGCAACCGCACCAGCAGUUCGCUACAGUGGGGAAUGGUGACACUCUCCUGAAGAAUGAGAACCGUGGGGGUGAGCUCACGGAAGACGAUCGGAGAACUCUAAUCGUUGGAGGAUGGCACCAGGACACCAAGAAAUCUGUCAUCCUUGAAGAGAGCCUCCAGUUCCUACAGCGGGGCGAUGUCAAGGACCACCUCGACCAGAACGAGCUCUCAGUUUGGGGACCCAGAAAGAGCUUUGGGGCGUUGAAGUUCAAACCUAGGGGUGACGAAACAGAAGCCAGUGUUCGCGACAGAAUGUGGCAGGUGAUUAAAGCACUACGAGCCCAGCCCCUUGACCUUCCUUCUACGAGCAAUGGGGGCGUUCAGAAGAAACUCUGGAUACAGUUCGUCAAGACCAAGGAAGCACGCCGCCGAAGUUCUCACUGCUCACUUCUACGCCGACUUUGCCUUGAACUUGCUCGUGAACAUCGUGGAGAAGGGGAGAGCGUUCGUCCCGAAGCGCUGGUUGAGGCCAACUACGAAUGUGACUGGAGUGGUGGGACGGUGUGGUUUCAAGAGUGGAAAAUCGGCUCAGCAAGCCAUCGGAUGCCCGGCCGGGACCAAGAAACAGUGAAGCAGAUUCACAGUGGGUGGGUCGAUGUGCAAGCAAUCGCCACCUUGACCGGGACGGCAUAUACCAGCGCGCUUCAUGCGGUGGUGGAUGAUGCAUGUGGGGUGAAGCAGACCAACAUUGAAUGUACGGGUCGCAGCUUUGCCUCUUGGAAUGUUGGAGGACAGACUGUGGAUAAAGUGGACUUCGCCGCCAGGGAAUUUGAUCUUUUGGCAGUACAGGAAGUUGCCCGCAGUGACAAGCCUGGUUGGGACGAGACUAAGUCAACCUACUUUCAAUGGUUUCAUCAUCGUGAUCCAGCACAAUGGCGGGGAGUGUCGAUUGCCAUCGCCCAUGACUUGUACGACUGCGUGUUUGACAAGAUGGCCAACAGAUAUGGAGCUGCUUGGGGAGUUCGCCUGCGUGGACAUAAGCGUCUGGUCAUUGCUUCACUGCACUGUCCGACCGGGGUGACCGUGGCUGAGUAUCAAGAAGCGCUCCUGGGGUUUCAGAAAAAACUGAGAAAGUGGCAUCCCGAACUACCCGUACUGAUAGGAGUGGAUGCAAACACAGUUCUGACUUGGGUGAGUACCGAUGAUGAGAUUAUCCUCAGCCGUGGGGGUGGCAAAACUGACGCGUUCCUGGAGAUGCUGGGAGCUUGUCGACUACGCCCGGUGGCACCGCUGGAACAUCAUCGACGUCUACCAACCCAUUUUCCUCGGGAUGCUACAAGGGUGGGGCGGCACAUUGAUAUGAUUGGUCAUCGACUACUUCGUGUUGGGGAGGUGCACGUUGACAACAGUGCCAAAGAAAGCAUCAACACUGAUCAUGCUCUACUCCGCGUGUCCAUCUACCUGCCGCACAAGUUCACGAAGAAUCUCAACGACAGUCGACCUAGAUGGGUCGUUGGGGAGGAGCCUUGCAGUAUGAUUGAUUGUCUUGAGGAUGUUUACAACCUUGGCAGGACGCGCGCUCGGCCGAGACUUGGAAAGAGAUACAGCGACGACAAUGAGACACGGAAGGCCGCUGCGGAAGCCAAGGCCACUGGAGACAAACAGCAGUGGAAAGGAGUCCAUGCAAUGCGGAGAAGGAAGAAAAAAGUGUGGAAACAGGAGCAACUGGGGAGUAUACUUCGUGGCGAUUGGGGCAGGUAUCGUGACUACAAGCGGGAGAAGAACACUACGGGUUGGUGGGGAGAGCUUCUUGCCAACAACAGCAGUCAGGAGAUCGCCAACAUGACGGAGAAACACCUAACAGAAAAAAUGUGGGAUGAGCAGAACUUACAUUGGGACACUGAUCUCCAACGACGCAUCGGUGUCGUCAGGGCACGGCCUUGUACCUGUCAACCGGUCACGAUCGAAGAGAUGGGAGCUGCACUACAGGGCAUGAAGAGUCAAUCUGCUCUUGGCCCCGAUGGAGUUGGGGUGGAUUUGCUCAAAAAGCUCUACGAGGAACAACCCGAGAACCUUGCCAACAUUGUCCUCGACUGCAUCGUUCGGGACGACCAUCCUGAAGAUUGGGGAGUAUCUUACCUUGCUCUUCUAGCCAAGAUCGACAAGCCGCGGAAGGUGGGACAACUACGCCCCAUUGCCAUGUCUUCUACGUUCCAAAAGUUUGUCACCCGGGUCGUCAUGGAACGCACCUUUGCUGGAGUACGACGGCCAUGUCAGUGGGCAUCCAGUGGCAAGGGAAGACAAGUUGCCGACCUGAUUGGGGCGGUAAGUCGUUUCAGAGAUAUCUGUCGUGAAUGGAAGAUUGGAGGGGUGCUCAUCAAACUCGACGUCCAGGGGGCGUUCGACACGAUCCACCGGGGCGCUGUUGCUGACUUCCUUGAAAAACGUCUUGACAGGGAACAAUAUCCGUGUGAGCUUGCCUUUCUACUUCGCCUUCUUUAUUCCAACUGCUUGGUUGGACAAGCGCCCGGGGGAGCCAGUGUACGGGUACAAGCCAAUCGUGGUAUUCGUCAGGGCAGUCCAGAAUCGGCGGAAGUUUUCGGGAUGAUCGUACAAGAAAUCUUUGCGGACGCGCACGCCGAUCCACGCUGGAAAGUAUCACGGGGUGAACUUGCUGACCUACCACUUGAUGGGGGAUGCUACCAAGAUGACAUGCUACUGUGGACGGACGAGAUUGAAAUCGCGGAGCACAACAUUGGAGUGUUGGUUGAACGGCUAGGGUCAGUCGGACUACAGCUCGCCUAUGACAAGACUGGGGUGAUAGCAACUUCGUUCUAUGAGGGACGGACUCAUCUUGUGAUUGGAGGCAAACAAGUCCCGUUCCUUGACGCCGAUAGCUCCUUGCGAGUGCUGGGGGUCGACUUCAACCUGACGGAGAGCCCGUCGCAACAAGCCAAAGGCCUCAUGGGGAGAGUAUGGGCCGCCUGGUUUCAACAUGCAGAGCUCUUCAGGGCUGACGCCCCCUUCCACUCCAAAGUCAAGAUGAUCCGCACUCUCAUACAAGGGACGUGGCAAUGGGUAGCUGGAGCAGUGCACUGGAAUGCUGAUGACCUCGUGGCGAUCAACACUCUGCAAGUCCGCAUAUACCGUAUGGCAUUUGGACUACGUCGCUACCACAACGAGAAUUGGGUCGAUUUCAACACAAGAACGUGCCGCUGGCUGAGAUGUUGGCUUCACGCUCAACACAUCGAGCGAUGGUCCACCACAGUGCUUCGACUACAACACCAAUUGGCUGGACACUGGGGACGUCAACGAGAAGGGCAAGAACUGAGUUUGGCUGCGGCCAUGCUUCGUUGGCGAGACAUGGAAUGGUGGAGACACGAACAAGAGUGGCCGGUGCCAUUUGGUCGUCGCCAUCCGGGGCGUUUUUACGCUGACAACCUAGAGAGAAGGCUUAGUUUUGUCUUUGGCAACAAAUGGAUGCUGCACACUACGGACAGGAACAAAUGGCGUGAAGGGCUGCAGCUGUGGCUCCAACAGUUUGAUGUGCCAUGGACUAGGGGGAGACAACUUGAGAUUGAUGAUGAAGAAUGA